AUGCAACCUGGCUGCAGCUUGGACGCGCCGAUUCCCGGCUUGUACGCUCAAACUACGACCACGACCGAGGCACACCGUCUCACAGCUCUGGGCGAGACCGCCCCAUUGUGUUGCCUGCCUGCAUGCGGACAUGCUAUAAGACCAGGCUAUCUGUCGUUUCAUCUGGCUCUCGAGGUCUACACACUGGGAUCAAGCCUAAGCGACACGUCUGAAAACCACGCCCUGCUCAACAUGACUGUCGAUACCGUGCCCAUUCCCGGCCCUGUUGGGCUGCCUGUCCUGGGCAAUCUUCUGGACAUUGAUGCCGAGGUGCCGACGCAGAGCUUUGCUCACCUUGCCGAACAAUAUGGCGAGAUUUACCAAAUGACCUUUCCGGGCAACAAUGUGUUCAAUGUUGUCUCCAGCCAUGCGCUCGUCAACGAGUGCUGUGACCAGAAGCGCUUUGGAAAGUCCCUUAGCAAGGCUUUAAGACAAGUUCGCAAUGGUGUCCACGACGGCCUGUUCACGGCCGAAAAUGGCGAGCCCAACUGGGAGAAGGCGCACCGCGUGCUCACACCUGCCUUUGGCCCCAUGCCCAUCCGACAUAUGUUUGACGAAAUGCACGACAUCGCCUCACAGCUGGCCCUGAAGUGGGCACGUCACGGCCCAGAAGAGGCGAUCAUGGUGCCAGAAGACUUUACCCGGCUCGCCUUGGACACGCUGGCGCUCUGCGCCAUGGGCUUCCGGUUCAACAGCUUCUACCGUACGGACAUGCACCCUUUUGUCGAGGCCAUGGGGUCGUACCUGACCGAGUCGGGAAACCGCAGCCGCCGGCCACCACUGCCGGCGUUUGUGUACCGGGCGGUCGACCAGAAGUACUGGGCGGAUAUUGCGGUGAUGCAGGACACGGCCGACGGGGUACUUCAGGCACGCAAGGAACAGAACCCGCCGUCCGACCGCAAGGACCUGAUGGCGGCCAUGCUGGAGGGCAAGGACCCGAAGACGGGCGAAAAGCUGGACGACAAGUCGAUCAUCAACAACCUGAUCACUUUCCUGAUCGCCGGCCACGAGACAACGUCGGGCAUGCUGUCGUUUGCCUUUUACUACCUGCUGCGCAACCCAGAGACGCUAGAGAAGGCACAGAAGGAGGUCGACGAAGUGAUUGGUACCGGGCCUGUUCUACCCGAGCACAUGCCGAAGCUGCGCUACAUAGCGGCCAUCCUGCGGGAGACGUUGCGUAUCAGUGCGACGAUCCCGGCGAUCAUGGUGGCACCGCACAAGGACGAGCUAAUCGGCGGCAAGUACUUUGUCAAGGCAGGCCAGAACGUGCUGCUGCUGUUUAUGAAGUCGCACCUGGACCCGGCGGUGUAUGGCGAGGACGCCAAGGAGUUCAAGCCCGAGCGCAUGACGGACGAGAACUUUGACCGACUCAACCGCGAGUUCCCCAACUGUUGGAAGCCGUUUGGCAACGGGGUGCGGGCCUGCAUCGGCCGGCCGUUUGCGUGGCAGGAGAGCCUGAUCACCAUGGCGAUACUGCUGCAGAACUUCACAUUCCGCCUGGACGACCCCGACUACGAGUUGACCAUCAAGGAGACGAUGACGUUUAAGCCCAAGGACUUUUUCAUACGAGCACAACUGCGCGAUGGCCUGACACCGACGAUCAUGGAGCACCGGCUGGCCGGUGGCCGAAGCCAGACCGAGAUGGCAACAGCAGCAGCAGCCACAGCAGCCGAGACCACAUCGAAUGGCGUCAAGAGCAGCGGCACGGCCAAGGGGCUCCCUCUGAACAUCUACUACGGGUCCAACAGCGGGACGUGCGAGGCCAUGGCAGAUCGGCUGGCGGCCGACGCACAGGCACACGGGUUCCGUGCCGAAGUGGUGAAGCCGCUGGACGCGGCCAAAGAGGCACUCCCGACGGACCGACCGGUGGUGUUCGUGACGGCGUCGUACGAGGGCGAGCCACCGGACAAUGCUGUCUCGUUUGUUAGCUGGCUGAAGGAAGAGACGGAGGGAGAGGCAGCAGGCGACGCGCUCAAGGGCGUUGCCUAUGCCGUGUUUGGCUGCGGCAACCACGACUGGUCGCGGACGUUCCACCUCAUCCCCAAGCUGGUGGACGAGAAGCUCGAGGUGAAGGGAGGGGCACGCAUUGCACCGAUCGGCCUGACGGACGUGGCCGAGGGCAACAUGUUCGAGGACUUUGAGGCGUGGGAGGACAACGUGCUGUUCCCGGCGCUGCAGGAGCGGUACGGAGUGGCUGCGGCGAACGGCGACGAGACGGCCGAGGCAGCGGAGGCAGCAGUGCUGGAUGUGGAGAUCACGAUGCCGCGGGCGUCAGCGCUGCGACAGGAUGUGCGCGAGGCACAGGUGGUAGCAACGAGGGUGCUGGUAGACGGCGACGAGAAGGAGGCGGCAGAAUCACGCAGGAAGAACCACAUUGAGAUUGAGCUGCCGAGCGGGAUGACAUACCGGGCGGGCGACUAUCUGGCGGUGCUGCCAUUUAACAGCCAGACGACGAUCAGACGGGCGAUGCGACGCUUCCAGCUGCCGUGGGACGCCAACAUUGCGGUGCACUCGGGCGAGAACGGAGCGGUGCCAUCGACACAGAUCAGUCCCUACCGGCCGACCGGCCGACACCGGCAGCCACAGGGCAUCACGGUGCUGGCCAACGCGGCCACGAAGGCAGAGACCAAGGCCGAAUUGCAGCGUCUAGCUAGCGACGACUAUGCAGCAGACAUCAGCGCUAAGCGGGUCUCCAUUCUCGACCUGCUGGAACGGUUCCUAGACGUCGACCUGCCGUUUGGCACUUUCCUGUCACUGCUGCCGCCAAUGCGAGUGCGCCAAUACUCCAUCUCGUCUUCGCCGCUGUGGAAUGCGAGCCGAGUAUCGCUGACGUACUCGGUGCUGGCCCAGCCGGCACUGUCGGGCAAGGGCGUGUAUGAAGGCGUGGCGUCCAACUACCUCUCGCGGACGACGACAAACGACACGAUUCACGUUGCGGUGCGGCCGAGCCACAGUGCGUUCCACCUUCCGGAGGACGUGGAGAAGGUGGGCGUGAUCAUGGUGGCAGCAGGCGCAGGUCUGGCGCCAUUCCGCGGCUUCAUCCAGGAGCGGGCAGAGCUGAAGAGCGCAGGGCGGCAACUGGCGCCAGCGAUGCUGUUCUUCGGCUGCCGCAGUCCGGCCGAGGACCUCUACCGCGACGAGCUGGACGACUGGGAGGCCAGAGGCGUUGUCGACGUGCGACGAGCCUACAGCCGGGCACCAGAGGACACGAACAACGCAGUGGCUGCGAAAUGCCGUCACGUGCAACACCGGCUGUAUCAUGACCGCGCCGACGUGCUGGAGCUGUGGAAGAGCGGCAGCCAGAUGUAUGUGUGCGGUUCGCGGCACGUGGGCGCUGGUGUGAAGGAGUCGGUGAUGCGCAUUCACAGCGAGACGAAGGCGGCCGAAGGUGCAGCUGAGACAGAGGCGGAGACGGAGGCGUGGUUUGACAGCAUGCGCAGUGUGAGGUAUGCCGUAGAUGUGUUUGACUAG